CAGAUUGUACUUCGAGGGUCGGGAUUAGCAGUUCUGGAGAGGAGAUGGGUGGAUGGGGAACGUAAGGCAAGCUGGAGUUUUGCGCACUCCUGUCUCGUUCUUCGUGAGCUCGAGAAGAAUGGGUUUGGAUGGCGUCAGUUUCGUUCAUCUCUCCUACUUCAUUGUUUUUCUGUACAUGUAUUUUCCCGCUAGGGCUGGAGCCUCAUGUCCAUCUGGUUGGGUAAGUAGUCCCAAUAAGAGCAAGUGCUUCACUUAUGUGGGAAAUUUUCUUCCUUGGAAUGGAUCAGAGGCAGUUUGCCAAGGUCAUGGUGGUCAUCUUGCAGCUCUAGAAUCAUUGAAAGUGUUGGAUUUUGUGCAGAAUCUCUGUGCUAGUAACUCAAGUGGCUGUUGGAUUGGUGGAUAUGGUUACAAUUCAAGUCGUGGUUAUGUUUGGCACUGGUCAGACAACAUGACAAAUUGGAAUGAGAAUGUCUUACCCGUUGAAAAAUCUCACAGUAUUUGUAACAAUGCGUCAUGCAACGAAAACCCAAACACUUCAUGUACUUUGGUGACAAAUACUCAUGCUGCUCUUGUUGGUGAGAGAUGUGAUAGGCCACAUGGAUUUUUGUGCAUGCUUUAUCAAGACACAGUUUUGGCUGAGAACAGAUGCUCCCAUAAGCAGUGCCAUAAAGAGUAUUUCAUCAUACUUAUGGUUGUUAGUCUAUUGAUACUUGCCACUACUACGGCUGUUGUGGUAUGGCUUCUCGUCUAUAAGCGGAGCAAGAAAAGGAGGCGAUCACACAAAUCAUCUGGUCCUUCAGCAGCUGCAUUGGUUCCUCCAUCAUGGAAGGUUUUUACGAUGGAAGAGCUGAUUUCCUUUACAAAGAAUUUCAGUGAAGGAAGUCGUCUUCCUGGGAACACCAAAACAGGUGGAACAUUUAGUGGAACAUUGCCAGAUGGAUCAAGGGUGGCUGUAAAAAGGCUGAAGAGAUCCAGCCUCCAAAGGAAAAAGGAGUUCUAUUCGGAGGUUCGAAGGGUUGCACAUCUACAUCAUCCUAAUUUAGUCGCUGUCAAGGGUUGUUGCUAUAAUCAUGGGGACCGCUACAUUGUUUAUGAAUUCGUUGCGAAUGGACCCCUGGAUAGAUGGCUUCACCAUGUUCCAAGGGGAGGCAGAUGCCUUGACUGGGCAAUGAGAAUGAGAAUCGCAACAACUCUUGCUCAAGGAAUUGCGUUUCUGCAUGACAAAGUUAAACCGCAUGUAGUUCACCGCAAUAUCUGCGCUAGCAACGUGCUCCUCAAUGAAGAAUUUGGAGCUCACCUUUUAGGUGUUGGCCUCUCCAGAUGCAUACCAUGGGAAGCCAUGCAUGGAAGGACGGUCAUGGCCGGUACUCAUGGAUAUCUCGCUCCUGAAUUUGUCUACAAGAACGAACUCACCACCAAAAGCGACGUGUACAGCUUUGGAGUACUGUUGCUAGAAAUCAUAAGCGGUCAUCGUCCCGCUCAGGCUGUCGAAUCGUUAGGCUGGCAGACUAUUUUCGAGUGGGCUACCCCUCUUGUCCAGUCUCACAGAUAUCUGGACCUAUUAGAUCCAGUAAUUCUAGACAUUCCAGAAGUUGGUGUGAUUCAGAAGGUUGUUGAUCUUGUUUAUUCUUGCACUCAGCAUGUUCCUUCAGUUCGGCCGAGGAUGUCACAUGUUGUUCAUCAGUUGCAGCAGUUAGGGUUGAGAGCUGCGGCGGAACAGUCGGCCGGUGGCGGUAUGAGCUCGAAAGGGACAUCCCCAAUGUCAGGAUUUGAGAUUGGAACUUCUUUGGUUUGAGUAGCAGGCUUGGUUGGAUUGAUGAAGCUUUAAGCAGGCUGGAGGGUUAUUUUAUUAGGUUUGCUGUGGAAAAGAUUGCUAUUUGAGCUACUUGAGCCUGCUUGUUAUUAAAUUUUUUCGAGUAACGGCUACUUAUUUGUUGUCUAAAAUGUUGUCCUUGCAUUUGUUCUCGCUGCUGAUUGCACCGUUUGUUCA